AUGGAUGUGGACUAUGACUACUUGGAGGCAUACAACAAAGGCCUUGGUCCCAUCGACAAGUCGUACAUCAGAGGAGAAGUGAAGGCUUGUGAAAGUCUGGAGGUUUAUCUCAAUGAGGAUUCUGACAAAAACAACUAUGUCCUCUACCAGAUUUACUACUCCUAUUCCUACACAGCCAUGUUGGAUGGAGGUUCCUACGUCACCUGGGACUAUGGCACGCUUUUGGACUGCAAUACCUGGAAACCCUUUUGGUUUUCUUGGGAAGGGAAUGUCCAUAGCAUGGGGUUUGGCCUCGAGCCAGGGGUUGAUACCUUUCUGACGUAUGACCUUGGGAGGACGUUCUCCAUCAACAUGGUGCAACUGGCCACAGGACAGGAUUAUGUGACUGGGGAAUGGAGAUGGCUGACCGACGAACCUCCCCUGUUCAACACACCUGCACCUGGCGGAUAUCAGAUCCUCGAGAUACCUGAGAAUACCGCCCAGUACACAGCAGUCUACGCCCCCGCAGCAACAGAUCCAGAGGGAGAUACAAUUACCCUGUCCUCUGCAGGCGACAAUAUAAACAUGUUUGAGAUUUAUAGUGGAUAUGUGUACACAAUGCAGUCCUUGGACUACGAAACAGAAAACUUCUAUGUCGUCACAUUUCAAGGUGAUGAUGGAAGGAACAAGGAAAAGACGUCCAUGAUCUUCAAGGUGACAAACGUCAUUGACGUCGCUCCAGUAGUUACCAUUCAUGCAAUCUCCAUCCCAGAAGAGUUACCCGUAGGUACAGACAUCGGCAAAGCCUUCUCGUUCACAGAUAACGAGGAGGAUGAUUCGUGGACCUUGUCCUUUUCUGGAACAAAUGCAGAAUAUCUGAGUGUGGAUAGUGCGUCCGUUGUCACAAUGAAGCAGGUUCUUGACAUCGACACGACGUCUGUUGACUUCAGCGGCCUCAACAUAGUGGUGAUGGACUCUGCCUCCAACUAUGACACCAAAGUUUUAGACAUCACCAUCAUCGACAUCAACGACAACGCACCGACGUUCACAUCUGAUUACUAUACCGCUGUCGUUGACGAUGGCACUGGUUCAGGUCAAACAGUCGUCACUGUGGGUGUCGACGAUGCCGACAUCUCCAACGCUGGUCUGACAACAUCAAUCCUAUCCCAGAAUGGAGCUACGUCUGGUUUUGACUUCACCAUGAGUGGCAACGACAUCAACACUGCCAACACCAUGGACUACGAAGCUCUGGAAGAUGUAAACUUCCAGUAUGUCCUGGUGCUGUUGGUAGUCGACAGUCCUGCAAUAGGUGACCCCCUCACUGGAACUGCCGUCGUCCGCAUCACGAUCAAUCCAGUAAAUGACAACUCCCCGGCCUGGAGCGGCACAGGGUCUUAUUCCGCCACAGUCCCAGAGGACACCGCCGUGACCACGGUCCUCACAACACUGCAAGCUUCCGACACCGACCUGGGGCCGGACGGAGAAGUGACUUACGCGAUAACAGGCGUUGCACCGUCUUCGGGAACAGGUCUUUUUACGGUCGAUUCAACAACUGGUGACGUGAAAGUUGGGGGAGUGCUUGACGCGGACGUCGGCACCGGCGGGGUGAGCAGCUUCUCCAUCAGUGUCAGGGCCUGGGACAAGGGAGCCAGUCCAAAAUACGUCGACGGUAGCGUCAGUGUAACGCUGACGGGGACCAACGACAAUGCUCCCCAUUUCGACAACACCGUCAUCCAAGCAUCCCUGCCCGAGGACAGUACCUUGAACUCCGUCGUCACGCAGAUCAUCGUCAACGACCACGACGGCGACUCCGUCACACUUUCUAUAGACAGUGGCGGGGACGGUCAUUUCACGAUGGAUGGGGAUUCCUUGAAGUUUACAUCGGCCGUCGACUAUGAGACCAAGGACACGCAUCUGCUCGUAAUAAAGGCUGCAGAUGGAGCACAUGAAAGCUAUGCAUCGGUUGAGGUCAACGUUGUGGAUGUCGUGGACGAGCCUCCGGUAAUCUCCGUUGUGUCCAGCAGCACCAUGGCAGAGGAACAGGCUGUCCGGUCAGCCGUGCAUGGAGGAUACGUCGUCACGGACCCCGACCAGGGAGACACGCUCUCAUAUGCUCUGAGUGGGACCCAUGCCUCGUACAUCAGUAUAGACUCUGGUACUGGUGAACUAACAGUUUCUCAGAACAUUGACCUGGAGAGUGGACUGACUCAACUUGACCUGGCUGUGACAGUCACUGAUUCUACAGGACUCUCGGCAACACAAGCCUUCUCCAUCACAGUCGACGACAUCAACGACCUGCCUCCAGUCUUCGGCACUUCCCUAUAUUCGGUUGAAAUUACAGAAAAUACGGCAGGAGAUACAUCGCUGGCUGAUCUGACCUGCUCUGAUGGAGACAUGGGUAACAACGCCUUGUUUGACGUCACGGUUGCCAGUGGAGAUGGUGGAGCAGGUAUCUUCAAGAUGUCCGGACUUCAGCUCCUCACGGACUCUACCCCUGCUGACUAUGAGGCUGUAGCAGCAUCAGGCUACAUGUACACCCUGGUCAUCACAGCAGUGGACACACCAGACCAGGGGGAGGCCAACACGGGGACAGCGAUAGUGAAGGUGACGGUCAAACCAGAGAACGAGUUCGACCCUGUGUGGAGUAGUCCAGUUCCUGAUGGCGGCGGUAACUUUGCAGGAACUACAGUCAGUGAAGGUGAUGCUCUAGGGACUGUCGUCACAUCCUUCACUGCAACUGAUGCUGAUCUCGGCGAUGACGGUGAUGUCAGCUACAACAUAGUGUCUGUCACUGCUGCGUCGGGAGCUUCAGCCUCAGACAAAUUCGCCAUAACCCCAACAACAGGAGAACUGAUGGUGGCAGGAGUGUUGGAUGUGGACGUAGGGACAAACGGAGAAAGUAGCUACACUAUUGUAGUCAGGGCAUCAGACAACGGAGCAACAGCCAGGACCGUGGAUGGUAACAUUGUUGUUACAUUGACAAACGUCAACGACAACGCCCCGACCUUUGACCAGACUGACUACACGGCCAGUGUGAGUGAAGCUAGUGUUGCUGGGACAGGGGUGAUCACCCUCAUCACCGAUGACUAUGAUGGGGAUGCAGUGACUCUGUCUGUAGCCAGCGGACGGGAUGACCUGUUUGAGUGUGUGGGAAAUGAGGUCAAGGUCAAGGCCCCUUUAGACUACGAAACUGACACGUACCAUACCAUAAUUAUAAGAGCCAGUGACGGUGUCUUUGAGACGGAUGUUCCUGUCCAAGUUAACGUACAGGACGUCAGUGAUGAAGAUCCUGUCAUUACCAUGGUAACAACUGCCACCAUGGCAGAAGAACAGGCACCAGGAACCGGAGUGUAUGGGGGAUAUCUUGUCACUGACCCUGAUGCUGGAGACAAUCUGACAUUUGUUCUCUCUGGAGCUGACAACGGUUACCUUGGUAUUGAUUCUGCCACUGGGGCGUUGUCAGUAGCUCAGAAUGUCAACCGAGAAGGAAGCAGUGGCAAGACACAACUGGACCUCACUUUGACCGUCACUGACCAGGGUGGUCAACAGGCCACUCAGGCUUUCUCCAUCACAGUAGAGGACAUCAAUGAUUUGCCACCGGUCUUUAGUCCUUCAGAGUUCACUGCUGAAAUUACUGAGAAUUCGGCAGCAGAUGUGUCGCUACUGGAUCUAACAUGCUCUGAUGGAGACAUGGGUAACAACGCCUUGUUUGACGUCACGGUUGCCAGUGGAGAUGGUGGAGCAGGUAUCUUCAAGAUGUCCGGACUUCAGCUCCUCACGGACUCCACCCCUGCUGACUAUGAGGCUGUAGCAGCAUCAGGCUACAUGUACACCCUGGUCAUAACAGCAGUGGACAAGCCGGCCGAUGGUGUACCUAACACGGGAACAGCAAUCGUGAGGGUAACAGUAACACAUGAGAACGAGUUCGACCCUGUGUGGGCAGGACCUGCUUCAGAUGGAAGUGGAACAUUUACAGGAACUACAGUCAGUGAAGGGGAAGCUCCGGGAUACGUGAUCACAACGUUCCAGGCGACUGAUGCUGAUCUUGGAGUGGAUGGGGAGAUCACAUACACCAUUGUGUCCGUGUCUGCAGCAUCGGGAGCUUCAUCACCAGACACAUUCUCCAUAGCCCCCACAACAGGAGAAUUGAUGGUGGCAGGAGUGUUGGAUGUGGACGUAGGGACAAACGGAGAAAGUAGCUACACUAUUGUAGUCAGGGCAUCAGACAACGGAGCAACGGCCCGGACCGUGGAUGGUAACAUUGUUGUUACAUUGACAAACGUCAACGACAACGCCCCGACCUUUGACCAGACUGACUACACGGCUAGUGUGAGUGAGGCUAUUGUUGCUGGGACAGGGGUGAUCACCCUCAUCACUGAUGACUAUGAUGGCGAUGCGGUAACUCUGUCUGUAGCCAGCGGACGGGAUGACCUGUUUGAGUGUGUGGGAAAUGAACUCAAGAUUAAAAAUGGAUUGGAUUAUGAGUCGAACACAUUCCAUGUGCUCAUUAUAAGAGCGAGUGAUGGCGUCUUUGAGACCGAUGUUCCCGUGCAAGUCAACGUCCAAGACGCCAGUGAUGAGGUUCCCGUCAUCGCCAUGGUUACAGCGGCCACCAUGUCAGAAGAACAGGCAUUUGGAACAGGAGUGUAUGGUGGAUAUGUCGUUACUGAUGGUGACGAUGGAGACACCCUCGCGUACUCUGUUAGUGGUGUUGAUAGCGGCUACUUGACGAUAGACUCAUCUUCGGGAGAGCUGUCCAUCGCUCAGAACGUUGACAGAGAAUCUGGGAUGCCCCAUCUGUCCCUCACACUGACCGUCACUGACCAGGCUGGACUCCAGGCCACCCAGGACUUCACCAUCACAGUUGAGGACAUCAACGAUCUCCCGCCAACGUUCAACCCUUCUGAUUAUACAGCAGAGGUCACGGAAAACAUGGCUGCAGAUACAUCCCUCCUUGAUCUGACGCUGUCUGACGGGGACGACGGUAACAACGCUGCGUUUACCCUGAGUGUUACAAGUGGAGAUGGCGGAGCAGGCAUCUUCAAGAUGUCCGGGCAGCAGCUUCAGACGGCUGCUACUACCGCUGACUACGAGGCUAUGGAAGCGGCAGGCUUUGUAUAUACCCUUGUCAUCACAGCUGUGGAUACGCCGGAUGAGGGAGAGGCUCUCACGGGGACAGCUGUUGUCAAGGUGACCGUGAAGCCAGAGAAUGAGUUCGAUCCUGUUUGGACAACACCUGGAAGCGGAAGUGGAACCUUUGCUGGUGUGAGUGUCGAGGAGGAUGGAGAGCCUGGAUUUGUGAUCACGACUUUCGGUGCAAGUGAUGAUGAUACUGGGAUUGACGGGACAAUUGCAUACAGUAUCGUUUCGGUCACUGGCGCUUCCGGGGCAACAUCGUCAGACAAGUUUACUAUAGACACCACGACAGGGGAAUUAAAAAUAGCCACAAGACUUGACGGAGACACUGGAACCAACGGAGAAUCAAGCUACACCAUUGUAAUCAGGGCAUCAGACAGUGGAACAUCCCCUCGCUCAGUUGACGGAACAAUCGUCAUAUCUCUGACGAACGUCAACGACAACGCCCCUGUGUUUGAUCAGACUGAUUACCAGGCCAAUGUCAACGAGGACAGUACCCUGGACACAGUCGUGGUACACUUCACGCCCGUUGACCAUGACGGCGAUGCCGUGACUCUGUCUAUUGUAAGUGGCCGCGAUGACCUGUUCGGAUAUGAUGGACAUGAUAUUAAAGUGAAGGGAACGCUGAAUUAUGAGAAUGAAACAACAUAUGUCCUGAUUAUGAGGGCAAGUGAUGGAGUGUUUGAGACCGACGUCUCUCUUCAAGUAAAUGUUGUCGACGUCAUCGACGAGGUUCCAGUGAUAACCAAGAUAACCAACAGCUCGAUGGCGGAAGAACAGGCAAUAGGAACAGGAGUGUAUGGAGGAUAUUUGGUCACUGAUGCUGAUGCUUCAGACAAUCUCACAUACACUGUCAGUGGUGCUGACAGCGCGUAUAUCAGUGUCGACUCUACCAAGGGGGAUCUAACAGUGGGUCAGAAUGUGGACAGGGAUGGAGGGACAACGGAGCUGCAUUUGACCGUGACCGUCACUGACCAGGCUGGACUCCAGGCCACCCAGGACUUCACCAUCGUAGUUGAGGACAUCAACGAUCUUCCUCCAACAUUUAGUCAAUCCAUAUACGAGGUCGAAGUAACUGAAAAUACUGCAGUUGAUACAUCUCUACUGGACCUCACAUGUUCUGAUGGCGACAGUGGGAACAAUGCCAUCUUUACAUUUGCCUCUAUAGGAGGAGACGACACCGUCACUAAAUUCAAGAUGGACGGUCAUCAGCUUCAGACAGAUGCCAAUGGAAUCGAUUACGAGUCUGGUGAGAUGUACACGUUGACCAUCAUGGCAGUGGACACACCAGACGAAGGCGCACCCAAGACAGGAACAGCCGUUGUCAAGGUCACGGUCAAGCCAGAGAAUGAGUUCGACCCUGCAUGGUCUUCACCAGCUAUUGACGGGAGUGGUAACUUUGACGGUGUUACUAUCGACGAGGACACAACGUCGGGGACUGUCAUGGUAUCGCUAGUGGCAACAGAUGACGACGAUGGGACAGACGGGGAUCUCAGUUACAGCAUUGUGACAGUCACUGCAGCCUCAGGGUCCGUAGCAGACAACAUGUUUUCCAUUGAUGAACAAACCGGGGAGGUGACGGUGGCAGGAGAUCUAGAUGCAGACACGAACACUAAUGGUGAAGGUAGUUACACCCUUACCGUUCGAGCCACGGACAAAGGGCAGACUCCACGCACUGUAGACGCUGGGUUCGCGGUGACACUCACCAACGUAAACGACAACGCCCCUGUGUUUGAUCAGACGGCGUACCAGACAGCCAUCAACGAAGACAGCGCUGUGGACACGGUUGCCAUCACCUUCAACGUCCAGGACCAUGACGGUGACGCCGUGACGUUGUCUAUCGCAAGUGGACGCGAUGAUCUGUUCACGUGUGACGGAUAUGACGUCAAGGUCAAGGCUGCGCUGGAUUAUGAAACAGACAAGUUUUAUGUUCUCGUAGUGAGAGCAUCAGACGGCAAAUUCGACACAGAUGUAUCCCUCCAGGUGAACGUAAGCGAUGUUAUAGAUGAGAAUCCCGUCAUCACCAUGGCAACCACAACUUCCAUGGCGGAGGAGCAGACAGUUGGGACUCCUGUAGAAGGAGGAUACGUCGUUACAGAUGCUGAUGAGAUGGAUGUUCUCACAUAUGCUCUUUCUGGUGUGGAUAGUGGCUUCCUAAACAUCGACCCAAGUACCGGACAGUUAACAGUGACCCAGAAUGUCAACAGAGAAGGUGCGUCUGAUAAACAGCAAUUGUCCCUGACCUUGACCGUCACUGACCAGGCUGGACUCCAGGCCACCCAGGAUUUCACCAUCUCAGUGGAGGACAUCAACGACCUUCCUCCAACAUUCAGUCCAUCUACGUAUGCUGUAGAGGUGACAGAAAACACCGCAGCAGACACAUCUCUGCUGGAUCUCACAUGCACCGACGAUGACGACGGCAACAACGCCGUGUUUGCCGUCACUGUCGCAGAUGGAGAUGACGCUUUAACAAAAUUCAAGCUGUCUGGCCAACAACUCAAGACGGACGUUAACCUCGUUGACUUCGAUAGUCUAGAAGCAUCAGGCUACAUGUACACCCUGGUCAUCACAGCAGUGGACACACCAGAUCAGGGGGAGGCCAACACGGGGACAGCCGUAGUGAAGGUGACGGUCAAACCAGAGAACGAGUUCGACCCUGUGUGGACGUCACCUGCAAUAGACGCUGGUAGUAACUUCGACGCUAUUACCAUCAGUGAGGACACAGCGCUUGGAACUGUCGUGGCAUCAGUGGUUGCAACAGAUGAUGACAGCGGCGAUGACGGCGACGUCAGUUACAGCAUUACGGAUGUCACUGCAGCAUCGGGGUCAGCGGCCAACGACAUGUUCUCAGUAAACGCCCGGACAGGGAGCGUGAUGGUCGCCGGAGCUCUGGAUGUUGACGUCGGUACCAACGGUGUAGACAGCUACACGGUUGUCGUAACAGCAUCCGACAACGGACAAACCCCCCGAUCUGUUGACGGCACUAUCGCCAUUUUUCUCUCAAAUGUCAACGACAACCCCCCUGUUUUCGACCAGCCUACUUACCAGGCAGAUAUCAGCGAGGACAGUGCAGUUGACACAGUUGUCAUAACGCUCAACACCGUCGACCAUGACGGUGAUGCUGUGACGUUGUCUGUUGUUAAUGGAAGGAGUGAUCUGUUCACGUGUGACGGAAAUGACGUCAAGGUCAAGGCUGGUCUGGAUUUUGAAGACGAGGGAGUCUUUGUGGUCAUUAUUAAUGCAACAGAUGGGAAGUUCCAAACAGAGGUUACAUUGCAAAUAGACCUCAUUGACGUCAUUGACGAGGCACCUGUUAUCACCAUGGCAACCACUAGUUCGGUCGCUGAGGAACAAACAACAGGAACUGGAGUGUAUGGAGGAUACAUCGUCACGGAUGCUGAUAAACAAGAUGUCCUCGUCUACACUCUGACCGGAGCUGACAGCGCCUACCUCAGCAUUGAUUCAGCAACAGGCGAGCUGACAGUAGCCCAGCAUAUCAACAGGGAAGGGACCAAUGCUAAGUCAGCCCUGUCCCUCACACUGACUGUCACUGACCAGGCUGGACUCCAGGCCACCAAGGACUUCACCAUCACAGUUGAGGUCAUCAACGAUCUCCCGCCAGUAUUCAACCCAUCUAUGUUCGAGAUAGAGGUCACAGAAAACACUGUUGCUGAUACAUCGCUGGCUGAUCUGACCUGCUCUGAUGGAGAUACGGGUAACAACGCUCUGUAUGACGUCACGGUUGCCAGUGGAGAUGGUGGAGCAGGUAUCUUCAAGAUGUCCGGACUUCAGCUCCUCACGGACUCCACCCCUGCUGACUACGAGGCUGUAGCAGCAUCAGGCUACAUGUACACCCUGGUCAUCACAGCAGUGGACACACCAGACCAGGGGGAGGCCAACACGGGGACAGCGAUAGUGAAGGUGACGGUCAAACCAGAGAACGAGUUCGACCCUGUGUGGACAGGACCUGCUUCGGAUGGAACAGGAACAUUCGUUGGACUGAGUAUAAGCGAGGCCGAGGCACCAGGUUAUGUUGCAACAACAUUUGUGGCUUCAGAUGAUGACAGUGGAGAAGAUGGGACGCUUACCUACAGCAUUGUGUCCAUCACAGCAGCCUCUGGCGCAACUGCCUCCGAUCUGUUCGCAAUUGGCGAACACUCUGGAGAGUUCACUGUAGCCCAUACACUGGACACAGACUUGGAAACAGGGGGAGAAGGAAGCUACAUUGUUGUAGUGCGAGCUGCGGAUGCUGGGACAUCCCCCCGCUCAGUGGAAGGAACAAUCACUGUGUCCCUGGAUGACGCCAACGACAACGCCCCAUCCUUCGACCUCACCGAGUACAAGGCUGACGUUGAUGAAGACAAGGACACAGGGGCUGUUGUUCUUACGAUGAACACUCAUGAUAAUGACGAUAGCGAUGUUGUGUCGUUGUCAAUAGUUAACGGAAACGUGGACUUGUUUGAAGUUGACGGAAAUGAUGUGAAGAUAAAGUCUGCUUUAGACUUUGAGACCGAUGACUCGCAUGUGUUGAUCAUCAACGCUACGGAUGGGAAACAUGACACGAGCGUCACUCUACAAGUAACUGUGCUGGACGCCAUUGACGAAGCCCCAGUCAUCACGCUGACGUCAACAAGCACCAUGUCAGAAGAAGAAGCCGUUGGAACUGGAGUCCUUGGAGGAUAUGACGUCACUGAAGCUGAUGCUGGAGAUACAUUGACAUAUUCCCUCACUGGUGCAGACAGUCACUAUCUCAGCAUUGACUCGGCUACAGGCGACCUAUCAGUGGCCGAGAAUGUGAACAGAGACGGGACCAGUGGCCGCACCGAGUUGACCGGUCUGUUACUAACUGUCACUGACCAGGCUGGACUCCAGGCCACUGAAGCUUUUACUAUCACAAUCAAGGACAUAAAUGACGUCACGCCCAUGUUUGACCCAGAUGUCAUCACAGCCGAGGUAACAGAAAAUUCUGCUGCCGGUACCGUUGUGCUUGACUUUAAUUGUAAGGACGAUGACAGUGGCAACAAUGCCGUCUUCAGUCUUGCACUAAGUAGCGGUGACGACACGGAUGCCAAAUUCACAGUAUCAGGUACUCAGCUUCUCACUGCCGCCAACAUCUUGGACUACGAAGCUGCGACUUUAGAAGCGUCAGGCUACAUGUACACCCUGGUCAUCACAGCAGUGGACACACCAGACCAGGGGGAGGCCAACACGGGGACAGCGAUAGUGAAGGUGACGGUCAAACCAGAGAACGAGUUCGACCCAGUGUGGACAGGACCUGCUUCAGAUGGGAGUGGAACAUUUACUGGAGAGAGCGUUGGCGAAGACGCAUCUCUAGGGCAUGUAAUUACAACGUUUGCUGCAACCGAUGACGACUUUGGAGAGGAUGGAAGAGUUACCUUCAGUAUCGUGUCAAUCACAGGGGCUUCUGGGACGACAGCUCCGGGUACAUUUUCCAUUGAUGCAUCAGCAGGAGACUUGAUAGUAGCAAGCGAGCUGGACACUGACUCGGGAACAAACGGCGAGGCGAGUUACACCAUUGUAGUGAAGGCAUCGGACAACGGAGCCACGGCACGCUCUGUAGAAGGAACCAUCACUGUCUCUCUGGACAACGUCAACGACAACGCCCCUGUGUUUGAUCAGACAGAGUACCAGGCAGACCUCAGUGAAGACAGUGCUGUGGACACAGUUGUCAUUACGCUAAAUUCUGAGGAUUAUGACGGGGAUGCUGUGACGCUGUCCAUCAUCAGCGGACGGGAUGAUCUAUUUCUCUGUGACGGGAAUGACGUCAAGGUCAAGGCUGCUGUAGAUUUCGAGGAUGCCAGUCACCAUGUUCUCGUGAUCAAGGCAAACGACGGCACAUUUGACGCCGAGGUCUCACUUUUAAUCAACAUUGUUGACGUCAUUGAUGAAACACCAGUUAUCACCAUGGUGACCACAGCAUCCAUGGCUGAGGGCCAAACUAUUGGCACUGGUGUUACAGGAGGUUACCAUGUUACAGAUGCGGACGGACACGAUGUUUUCAAUUAUAGCUUAUCAGGAGCUGAUAGUGGCUACCUGGCUAUAGAUUCUGUUACUGGCGAGUUGUCCGUGGCACAGGACAUUGACAGGGAGGCAGGGACUGUUCAGCUGUCCCUCACACUGACCGUCACUGACCAGGCUGGACUCCAGGCCACCGACGAUUUCACCAUCACAGUCGAGGACGUCAAUGAUUCCCCACCCACCUGCUCUCCUGCUGUAUUCAGCGCUGAAGUGACGGAAAACUCCAUUGAAGAUCUUGGCCUGGUCACCCUCACCUGUAUUGACUCAGACGAAGGCAACAAUGCUUUGUUCAGUGUCAGCAUUGGGAGUGGUGACGAUGCCUCCAGUCCUAAAUUCAAAAUGUCAGGUUUGGAACUUCUAACAAAUUCGAACCCACUUAACUACGAGUCGCUGAAGGAUGAAGGUUACAUGUACACCCUGAUCAUCACAGCAGUUGACACACCAGACCAGGGGGAGGCCAACACGGGGACAGCGAUAGUGAAGGUGACGGUCCUACCAGAGAACGAGUUCGACCCGGUAUGGAGUGACCCGGGACCUGACGUCAAUGGUUACUUAAAUGAUGUCACAGUGGACGAAGACGCUGCUCCCGGGACGGCAAUAACGACAGUGACGGCGACAGAUGACGACCAGGCCGACGACGGAAGGAUCACCUAUGAAAUCACAUCAAUUAAAUUAGACGACGGUACCGACGCAGCAGGAACGUUCGUCAUCGGUGCACGAACAGGAGACCUUCUUGUGAAGUCUGAGUUGGACGCCGAGGGUGGUAUCAGCUUCUACGACAUUGCCCUUCGCGCUGUCGAUGGCGGCAGUACGCCACGCGAAGCCACUGCCUCCAUCAAGGUCUUCGUCAACAACGCCAACGACCUUCCGCCAGUGUUUGCCGAGACAAUGUACCAGACGGACGUAUUUGAGAACGUCACUGUUGGGUCCGCCAUCUUCACGUUUGAUGCGACCGAUCCUGACGGGGACGAAGUGACAUACAGCGUUGACGCUGACAGCAGCGACGUUUUCGUAUGUGAUGGAGAUGAAAUAAAGUUGCUGAAAAAACUGGAUUUUGAAACCAGCAGAUAUCAUUCUGUUAUUGUCAGCGCCUCCGAUGGCAAGCACACAGCCUACGUCUCCUUCAUCGUCAACGUCGGGGACGUCAUUGAUGAACCUCCUUCAAUUAUUGUAGCGGAUUACUCCAUUGCGGAGGAGCAGGUGUCCGGUACCGUCAUCGGCAACGUCUUUACUGUAACUGACCUCGACGUUGGGGACGUGUUCCUCUAUGAACUCUCUGGUGCAAAUGCGGAUAUAUUUGCCAUCAAUGACACAACGGGGACGCUGUCGUUGAAGGAUCGGGUGGACAAUGAUGCUGGAAUUCACACACUGGAUCAGCUGACCUUGACCGUCACAGAUAGCGGGGCACAGGUGUCAAGCGUUGAGCUGAGCUUCAACAUCCUUGACAUCAACGACAACCCACCGACAUUUAGCAAAGCGUCGUACAUGGCAACUGCCCAAGAAGCUGGCGCUAACGCACUAUCCUUGAUGGAUUUCUUGGUCACUGACGCCGACAUAGGUGUCAACGCCGACUUUGACCUCGCCGUCUCUGCAGGCGACGAUAUUGACCCGAAGUUCAGCAUUACAGGAACAACACUUUACGUUGACUCGUCCAACAUCAACUACGAGGACAUGGUUGACGUCAACUUCAAGUACACACUCACUGUGACGGCCAUCGACAAGCCAGUAGAGGGACAGCCGUUGACUGGGAUUACCAUGGUUACCGUAAUGGUAACAUCGAAAAAUGAAUUUAUCCCGGAAUGGGAAAGUCCGGCUUUUGAGCUCGGCGACGUCUUCCCUGCCAUUACCUUGCCGGAGACCUUGCCAAUAGGCAGCGACAUCGCCAACUACACUGCUACAGACGCCGACGAAGGGGAUGAUGGACGUCUGGAUUACGAGGUGCUAUCAAUCACUGGAAGUGAUGACCGGGAGUUCUCUUCUGAGUUCACAAUGAUAACUUCCGAUGGUGUGGGUACGCUAGUUGUGUCGUCGGCGUUGGAUGCAGACAGUGCAUCAGGGGGAGUUGACCACUACAUCGUCGUCAUCGGCGCUUCAGAUCUCGGUGCCGAAAUCAGAACUGUCACCGGAACGGUCACCAUAUCCCUGACAAACGAAGACGAUCCAAUUACUGUUGAUGCCUCGGCGACGGGAACCAAUUCCACAGAGAAAUGGGCACUACGGGGAGCAUUGAUGGCCACGGGUGCAGGGCUAGGAGUACUGGCUCUCCUGUUUGCAAGGAUAAUUAUCAAAAAGUUAAUUAGGAAACCAGUGUCUCCUCUGCCAAACCUGUUUGAGCGACCCCAGUCUGUCGAUGACGUAUUUCGUGUGAAAGGUGAACAAUAGAGCAGCGAUCGCAAUGGAUGGUCAAUCUUCAAAAUGGUGUUUUUCAACCUAAAUCAUACGAAAAUAUUACUGCCAUACGGUCAUCACCGAUCUAAUCAAACUAUUGUACUGACUGACAAAACUCUCAUAGCACCCUUCUUGAAGACUGAACAUAUUAAACGCUCCGACUUAAUUACUUCAAAUCACAGAUCAACACGUGAGAUAUUUGCAGUGAAAGUAUAUGAAAUAUUACCAACUUGAUUUGUAAGGGAAACACCUUCGUUCUAUUUCCAAUUCUAAUUUGGAACCAAUCGUCUAUAUACAACCACCAAAGAGCCAUGAAAUCAACAAACGUGCUCCAACCACGUGCUACCAAAGGUGCAAGGCAGCAUUAUAUUAUACACACGUAUAUGUAAUCAUACUGCAACUCUGCUCCCUAUGAUGAAAGACGGACGUUGUAGAUGACGUUGAAUUGACGUUGUAUUGACGUUGUAAAUGACGUUGGGUUAUAUAAUGUAUGACAUGUAUACUAUAAUGUCUAGUCUAGCUGUUUGCCAGGUUGUAAAAUGUAUAAUGUUUAAUUAAGUGGCAGCCAUAUUAUUAUUCCAAAUUGUAAACGGUGACUGGGUAUGUCUCCAUACCAGUAAAGGGAGUGUUUAUGUAAACGAUCUAUGUUUCCGGGUGAAAAGUUUCGGGAGGAAAGAGUAAUUUACUAUUCAUAUUGGACAAUAUUCCCUUGUUUGUAAGAUGCUGGCCGUGGAGGUUCUAUCCUUGGUAAAACAUUUCCACUGGAAAUUUGUACCUGGGAUAUAGCUUCUUUUGGAAAGAAUCUCCAGGAGGAAUAAAUAUCCUAUUACAUUUAUCUGUAUAUAUUUUAAAGGUUUGUUUCAAUAUUGACAUGUAUGACUAUUUCGUUACAAAAUA